AUGCAAUUCUUCGUCAAUUUGAGUAGGUUUUCUAACAAUACUUUUAAAAAAUCUAAUUUUUCUCUCUUCUCGCGUGUUUUGGUGUCAUGGUGAAUAUAAGUUGAUCUUUUAGGUUGUUUUUGGAUGUUUAUUGCUUGAAAUUUGUUGUAAAUAGAUAGUUUAAUAUCUUUACUUUCUUUUGAUAGCAAGAUUGGUCAGUAAAGAGCAAAAAUUAUAGAGAAUGGACAAAAAGCAUUGUUGGACUACAAGAUCAAGGAGGGUAACAUCAUGGAUAUGACCCAUACGUUCGUUCCACCUGAAGGACGUGGUCAAGGGCUGGCUGAGGAGUUGGUCAGGGUGUGUUUCAACUUUUUAAAACUUAAAAUAUUUAAAUUUAUGAAAAUUGGUUAGAGUAUGAUUAAAAUAUUGAACCAACGGCAUAGAUAACAUUGCUUUUUGAUCAUUUUUUCAAAAUUUGGGAUAGUUAUUGUUUAAGCUGUGAAAAGUUAGUUUCUACAUAGUUUAGGUAAUAAAAAUUUCAUAUUUCAGGAAGGUUUCACCUUUGCCAAAGCAAACAAAUUCCAAAUUUACCCGACCUGUUCGUAUGUAGCUCGUUAUGCCAAAGAAAUCGCGACACCAGAAGAGCAGACGUUAGUGUCAAAGAUGUGGAACCAUUCAAGACUUUAA